CUGGAGUCCUCUACCAAAUCUCAGGAAAAAGGGGGUUUAGGGUUUUAGAUCCAAAAUCGCCGCCUCCGAUCGCGAUGGCGCUCUCUUCCUCAAUCGCCCAAUUCCGUCGGAUUCUGAGAGUGCCUUCGUCGUCUUCUUCCUCUCUUCUCAAAUGGAAUAUCCCCUUCUCUCAGAAUCGCCGAAGCUCCUCGUUUCUCGACGACAUGGACACCAGCGAUAAAAAUCCCCCUCCUUUGACUACGCCGAAGCUCUUCAUCAGUGGGCUUUCAAGGUUAACCACCGACGAAAAACUAAAAGCGGCGUUUGAACCUUAUGGGCAGCUUCUUGAAGCAAAAGUGAUAACGGAUAGGAUCUCAGGGAGGUCAAAGGGUUUUGGGUUCGUCUCCUAUGCAACCAUCGAAGAUGCAGAAAAAGCACGAGCAGGGAUGAAUGCUAAAUUCUUAGAUGGAUGGGUUAUUUUUGUCGACCCUGCAAAGCCGAGAGAGCCAAGGCGUUCACCUCCUCCUCCAGCAAACCCCUAUGAAGAUGGUAUCAGAUCAAACAAGACGAUUGGAUGGUGUGGAUGAUUGAUUCUAGGGUUGCAUCCAUAAGAAAACUGAAGAACAUUCCCAUGGCAAAUUAAAAAACUAAAUUAAGUCUUUUUUUUUCCCCUUCUUCUAUUUAAGCCAAAAUUCAUAAACUGCUGAUGGAAUGUACCUGUAAGGACUCAGAUUAUGCACGUCAAGGGUAAUAUUAAUUUGAGAUUAAAUUAAAACUCUAUCAAAAAGGUGACUUUGGUUUCA